AAUUAUAAGCCCAAAGAAAAACCAUGCGGUAGCUGACUACAGAGACAACCAACCAAUUGAGAAACCGCCGUGCAUGUGGAUAUUCUCUCUCUCUCUCUCUCUCUCUCUCUCUCUCUCUAUAAAUAGAACCCAACCCAUGAAGCCACAAUAUUCCACAUCACACAAGUAAGUUCAUUAACUCCUAAAAGCUUGCUUGUCAACUUUGCUAGUCCAAUCCACAAUGGCAACAAAAUUGUCAUAUUGUCCUUAAUGUUCUUCUUAACUCUAGCCACAUCUAUAGAGGCCUCAAAGUACCAGUUCCAAAAACUCAAAGAAACCAACAUGAUGUUCUACAUGCAAGACUGGGAGACAGGAGCAAAUGCCACCGCCACCCCAGUCGCUGGCAUCCCUCACAAGCGGUGGUGGAUCCUCGGGUUUGGAACGAUCUUUGCCACUGACGACAAGUUGACAGUGGCUAUUGAGAGGAACUCAUCUGAGGUCGGGAGGGCUCAUGGUAUUUAUGUGAACUCAGCAUUGGAUGGCUCUGACUUGCACCUAUUGAUGUCACUUGUGUUCACCAACAAGAAGUACAAUGGUAGCACCCUUGAAAUUCAAGGGGCAGACAGGUUCUACCAAAAAUAUAGGGAAGUAUCAGUGGUUUCAGGAACUGGAAUUUUCAGGUUGGCUCGUGGUUAUGCUACUUUGGAGACUGUUUAUUUGGACAUACCCAAUUCUAAUGCAAUCAUCAGGUGGAAUAUCACAGUUUUUCAUUAUUGACUUUUUUUGUAUAAGAGUAUGGAAUAAGCUAGCGUUAUUAAAAAAAAAAAAAAAAGUUCAACUACGUUAGCAUUUUAAAACCUUUUUUUUUUUUUUUUUUGAGGAUGUGAGAAUUCGAUUAUUAAAGAGUCACAAUAUGUUUGGGGAAAAAAAAAAAAAAAGGAUGUGGUGUAUAAUAAGUGACAUAGCAUAUUUAUCAUGCGUUUUCGUUCACCAUAUAAUAAAAUCAUUUUAAUAUAUUGUUUUUA